AUGGACGAGACCACACACACGACAUCUUUCGCUCAGACGAACACCACCCUCGCCUUCACUGCAGACACGCCCAGCAGUAGCACGAACGAGGGCUUCCGAAGGCUUCCAGCAUGGUCUUUUCGGCCAGCCUCGCCGACCAACAAUGCCGAUCCUUCACCACUCGUGGCCGCACCAGCAGCCGGUCAGGCAGCACUCGAGCAGGCGACCAGGAACUUGGAGCACUUGGAGCACUAG